GGGAAAACGCUUCGUGAAGCACAAUGGGACCGUUCCAAGAAUAUGAGGAAAAGAAGUCGCCAGAGAAGGGAAGCCCUCGCAGUCGCAUCCCACGCUUGGUCCUCCAUCCUUUUCGACCAAAGGACAAAGGAUCACCUCAGUCUGACUCACCGUUUUCAGAGGAGGAUGGCAAGGACUGUGACAUCAGCUCCGACCACUCCAAGAGAACCAUCAGCAACAAUAGCUUUUGCUCUGAUGACACCGGCUGCCCCACUAGUCAGUCUGUGUCCCCCUCCAAAACCCCGUCAGGCUCCGAGCAGAGUGCCCACAGCUCGCCCACACUCCCCGAGCGCAAGGCCAAAGUGAAACGUGUGAGGGUGAUGGCCGAGUGGAACGGUGACCCACGGAGCACGAACAGGCACAAGAGGGAGAUGAGGUCGGCCAUGAAAGCCAGAGGCAGUGAGGCAGACUUCAGCUCCUCCAGCAGCACAGGCAGCCUGAAGACCAGGGAGAGCCUCACUUCAAAUUCAGCUGGAAAGAAAGCUCUUUCACGAAGUCGUGGCGCACACAUCAGACCGCUCCCAGUGUUCAAACCAGCCGGAAGCCUGACAGCCAACCGUGAUGCAGAGCUGUACGCGCCCUACAGGACUCCGCCCAGAGCUGCCUCCUCAACCAACAGCAGCAGCUGCAACUCCAGCCCCACCUCCAGAAGAGCCAACCUGGGCCGCUACCACUCUUGUGGAGACAACCACGGCAUCAGACCCCCGAAUCCUGAGCAGUACCUCACCCCUCUGCAGCAGAAGGAAGUGGCCAUCAGACACCUGAAGUCCAACCUGAUGGAUUCUGAGAACAGAGUCCAUGACAGAGAGACAGAGAUUGAGGAGCUUAAGGGCCAGCUUGGCAGAAUGAGGGAAGACUGGAUUGAAGAGGAGUGUCACCGGGUGGAGGCUCAGCUGUCCCUCAAAGAGGCUCGCAAAGAAAUCAAACAGCUACGUCAAGUGGUGGAGACCAUGAAGAGCAGCCUGAUGGAGAAAGACAAGGGAAUACAGAAAUACUUCAUUGAUAUCAACAUUCAAAACAGGAAGUUGGAGUCCUUGCUGCACAGCAUGGAGCUGGCCCAGAGUGGUGCCAACCUUCAAGAUGAGAACACCUUGGAAUUCAUCUGCGACAGCCCCGACAGUGGUGGGAAGAAGAUGGAAGGGGAAGAGGAGGUUGGGUUAGGGGAGCUGGGGGACCAAGGUGCGGAGGCCAUGGCGGACAGUGGGCUGCUGGUUAAUGAUGAGAUGGCGAACAGAGCAGACAUUUUGGAGCAGCUCUUCAUGUCCACAGCUGUGGACUUCAGUCAAGACUCUAUUGAAAAGCUGAGAGCAGAGGCUGGGCCUGGGGUGUCUACGCUGAUAGAAGAGGAGCAGUUGAUUGAGGAAUCCACUGCACCCACACCAGCUCCACCAAAGGCAGUUUCAACCACAAUCGACAUCUCUUUAAGCACACCCACCCAGCAGACCAGAGAAGACAAAGGAAUCCAGACCGACACAACGCCCAUGUCUCCAGACCUGCAGGCUCUCCUCCUCCAGCUGCUGAAGUUCCAUGGGUCCACAGCUGGCAACACAGCUCAAUCAGUGUCCAGCAGCUUUCAGGGUCUCAUCCACCUGCCCAAUCCCACUUCAGACACGGAUCUCCCCGACUACACUCUUUACCCACCCAGCAUGCCCAGCCUCGGUCACCCAGAGAGCCCUGACACCUCCACCGAUUCCGGCAUGUGCUGCUCAGAGACUGCACAGAGCCGACGGUUCAUGGAGGAGCUGGACUUUGCAGUCGACGACGAGAAACCUUGCAUGUCACCGGGACUGGACGUGGUUGGCAAACGUUACUGGAGCAACAGCUUCCUGGUGGAUCUGGUGGCAGUCGCAGCUCCUGUGUUACCCACGGUGGCCUGGCUGUACUCCCGACACGGUGUAGAUGGAAGUUCCCCGGUGUACAACAUCGCUGCUCUUAUCAGGGGCUGUUGUAUCAUGGGAUUGCACUCUCUUCGUCACGUCACUCACAGGCCCAAUGCGUAAUGGCUUCCAACCUGCAUGCACGCGCCAAACCUUGAAGUAAAAGCACUUAAGCAUCUUUUUGGAGAGUGUUUGUGAGAUUAUUAUUUUUACACCAGAUAUCAAUGCAGUUUUUUUGGUCCCAACACUGUUACUUUGCACUGUAAAGUUACCAAACUGGUGACAUGUAAGGGAUAAUUUAUGAUGGGGGGUUAUAUAUUUAUUUAUUUAUCAUAUACAUAUAUAAGCUGAUCAUCUGGGUAGAUGGUUUUGUGUUAUCAUUGUCCUGUGGUGUCCCUAGUUUUCCUUGUGUUUGAAAAAAAAAUGUUUUUUGUGUUAAGGGAUGGGAUUUUUGGAAGGUGAAAGACUGAAUGUUAGUUUGUGUUUGACAGGUUCUGAAAUUGCAACAGUUUUGAGUUAAUGUUGAGAACGAAACCUUAAACCUUCAGCCAAAGCUUUAAUGUGAAUUCACUGUUUUGUGAAGAAUUAUUUUUAUGUAUUUUCUUUCCUCCCUGGGAGUAGAGCUUUAUUCAGUACAGCCUUUGUAUUGUCCAUAGAAAUAAGUUGACGCUUCAAAGCAACUGACACUUGUUAUGUGCCUGAGCUAUGUGCAAUACUGGUUGUUUACAUCAAAUGUCCUUGUAUCUUUAUUAUUAAAGCAUGAUAAUUCUA